AAUCGUCAAACCCAAUAUGGCGACAGCAUGCUAAAGUAAAAGUGGGAGUUAACUAGUAACGAAGCUGUUCUCGCAAUUUUGUACAUAAAAUGUAAGAGAGUGAGGGGUGUGGGGAGUUCCACUGUCACGCCAUGGAGGUAGAGGAAGAGCACGUGCAGACCUUGCUCAGUAUGGGUUUCCCCGAGUCCGAAAUAAGGCGGGCACUUCGGAGGGCCAAGAACGACCUUAACGAGGCAGUAGCUUACCUUACAAAUGACCAGACCUUACCGAGCGAUUGGGAGGAGGUGGAUAGAAUGGAUGACGUAGAAAUGAAGGACAUUCACCCUCGGCCGAGUCAAACAAUGUACAGUCCAUCUCCUCCCCCAAGUUAUGAUGAAGUACUCAGAGGGCAUGAAAUGGAAAAGACAGAAGAAAAUGGGGAGAAUGGUGGAACAGAAGAGGAAAAUCCGCUGGAAUUUCCUGUCACUAAUUUAUAUGAGCUAGAGGGCCGUGUAUUUGCCGAACAUUGGUCAAUUCCUUACAAAAAAGAGGAAUCACUUGGAAAAUGUCUGCUUGCUGCGACAAGGCUAGCAGAAGCCAAUUUAACAGAGGGUGACGAACACUGUAGGAGGUUUCUAGAGAGAUGUAUGCCAGAAUCAUUUCAAAAGCUGAUGACAUCAGGGGCUGUGCACAGAUGGAAUACAGAGAUACAGGAAGGAAUAUUUAAUAUGGCGGAGUUAUUUAUUGAUAUGUGUGUGGCUCGACUUCAACAUUUACCUGUACACCAUGAGAUCCUUAACAUCCUCACACUGGUGUUCAAUAAAGAGAGUGAAUAUCAUUUUAAAAAUCGAUCGAAGAGAGACCGCACAUACUGGGAAGACAAGUUAGAGGAUGGGCAGUUAUACACAGUCAAUACAGGCUACAAGUCAGCUAUUGACCCAUAUGGCUGGCUCACACAUGCUAUUAAUAGGUUUGCAUUUAAAGGUGGAUUUAACUUGGUGAAAAAAUUACUUGAAAAUGAAGACUUGGAUGCCCCAUCCAUGGCAGCUUUACUGAGACCAUUUGGAAUGUGUGCAGAGUUCUUGAAUCCUAAAGUAGUAACAGAAAUCCUGGCCCCAGGAAUGGAGAAAACAAUCAAGUACAUACAGAAUCUGGAGGAGAAAGACCUGAAAGAAAAGAAAAUUGGUAGUGUAUCAGACCUGCUGGCCUCUAUGAAGUUGUUAUGUAUACAGAUGUGGCCAAAUCACACAGAAUCUCUUGAUGACCUUCGCCUGGAAGUCGCUCUCAGAAUGUUGAAAUCUCCACAUUUUAAUGCUCGUAUGAAUGCAUUAAAGGAGGUGACAAAGCUGAUAGAAGAUUCUACAUCUAACAAAGUUUCCAAGACAGCUAUAGAUUACAAGACAAUAUUAAAUUGGUUGGUGGAAAACAAAGUUUUAUCUAUAGCACUAGAAGGUAACAUUGAUCAAGUCCAGUAUUGUGAGAAGGUGAAGGGUAUAGUGGACUUCCUUGGAUCUGAAAUAACGACAGAGGAACUGGCAAUGAUCUGGAAAAUGCAGGUGGGCCAGACCAAUCACGUGAUAGAUAACAUCCACUCCAUUAUUGCUGCAGCAGCUGUCAAGUUUGACUCUGCCCAGCUAGAACACCUCUUUCUGUUGAUUCAAAAGAAGUGGCAGGAUGACCACAAUCGCAUGAAGGAGAAACUUCUACGGCUGAUUGGUAAAAUAGGAAGGGACGCCAAGGAGCCCAAAACUACAACCAGGGUACUAGAGCUGCUGUGGGAUCUCUCUCAUUUACCUACAUUGUCAAGGCAACUGAUUGAGUUAGCAUUGGAGGAGCACCUGGCCAUUCUCAGUGACUCAUUCAGUGUACGAGAACAAGUCAAGCGGAACUAUGUCAUCAAGUGUGUGGAAGACAUUAAAAAGGGUGCCUGUGUUCUACCUUCACUGAAACAACUGCUCAAUAUUUGCAAAAACAUAAUGAAGCAAAAUAACCAUAAAUCAGAAAAGGGUAUUUUACAUGAACUUAACAAAAAUCAUGACAUCAUUAAGCUGGUGACCCAAAGUUUGAUCAAACUCCACAAACAAGCCCAGGCCACAGUGGGAGACGGUCAGCUAGGACCUGAUAGUAUUGUAGACGCUAGAUACCCACACUCUGAGUUUGUGACAACACACCUACAGUUCCUUCAGUACACACUACAGGAGGGGGCCCUUUACCUCCCCUGGAGUCGGGCCCGGGACAUCUGGGGGACGCUGAUCGCUAACUCCGAUGCCUGCCAGUGGGACAGAGAGACCUGCUUUGAGUGGUUCAGUAAAGGUUUACCAGAUCUUGAGAUGGAGACUCAGACUCAGUUGUUCCAGAAAGAGUUGUUGAAACUGGACCCAUCAAAACUCACAGAGAAAGGUUUUGCCUGCUUUAAAAACUUCUUUGAAAAUGUGAACAAGUAUGAGCACCGACUAAAAACAGAUGGAAGUAGACUGAUAGUAGAGAAAUAUGAAUUGCUUGGUCUGGACUACAUUUGGGAGAUCUGUUUAAACACCCCAGAUGAGUCCAUCGCAGACAAAGCCAUUCAGCUCCUGCUUUGUGUUAGUUAUACCAAUCUCGCUGUCAGACUCAAAAAGGACACUGUGAGUCUACACAAGAAGUUUAUAUCUGAGUGUUCCAAUAGAUUAGAGGCAGCUAUGAUAGGGAUGGGGGGAACAGCUAUUGCUCAGGCGGUUACCUGGGCAACCAAAACAUUAACGGCAGCCAUUGUAAAAGAAGUAGCCAAUGUCCCGCCACCUUCAAGGUCCAUCAAACUGAUGAACAUUGAGCGGCUGUUGUGGAUCGCGGAGGUUUACGUCCUGAACGUGGAGGAGAACCACCAGACGACCAGAACCAUCCUCCCUCACGGCGCCUCCUUCCACGGGCUGCAGAUUAACCUCAUGAUCACCUGCGAGUCCCCCAAACACGAAUUCAUGUUACUGUGUCAUGGUAAUGAGACAUUGAGUUCUGUCAGGGCCCGGAUUGCUAACAAACUCAGACAGCCAACAGACAACGUGCAGAUUGUGGCUCAGGACAAGAUGCUGGAUGCCCAGAAGAAUCAGAAACUUCUUCACCAGUUAGAAUUUGAAGACAAUCAGUUAAUACAAGUCCGUCUUGCACAACCAACAAUGCAACCCAUUGGGAAAGAGCCAAUGACACCAACAUCAAAACAGAGCUUUGACUUGGAGCAGGAGAAAAUGUUGCCUGGUGUUGUCAUGGCGAUUGAAGGGCAGGUGUUUGAUAUGUUGUAUCAGCUGGCUGAUUUAGACGAGUCCAGAAUAACACACAGAGUGAGGAAGUUGUUGAUGCUAAUACCAACAGAUCCACACAUCUCAGAAACCCUGGAAAAUAUCGGCAAUAGGGGACUAAAGCAAGGUGUCUCAGGAGAUGAUAUCAGCCCAAGGGCCAGUCCUAGAAAAUCCACCUCUGCCUCUCCACUGCCCAGCCCUCGUCUACCUCCCAAGGAUGUUCUGAGGUCUCUGUUUGAUGCCAGUGCUCAGGAUAUGUCAGCAUUCCGGGUUCUCUAUAAUCUAGAGGUGCUGAGCAGUAAGCUGAUGCCGAUUAGUGUGGACCUGGCCACCAGGAUAAGUAGUCAGGCUUUCUGUGAUGACUUCCUGUCAGUGGGGGGUCUACAGAUGGUGGUGAAUGUCCUACAGGCAGAGUCCCUGGCCCCUGAGGUGAACUACACCAUCAGGCAAGGAUGUUACUCCAUAUGUCUGCAGCUGGCCCGCUUCCUGUUGUGUGGGCAGACAGUUUCCAUGGAGAUGGAUGAUAUCCAUAGUAUCAGUGAGGAUGCCAAGUCAGCGUCUGGCUCCAUUCUGUCCUCGUCUCCUCAUAAUGCAUCGUUCAAUAAGCAAUCUGCUGGAAGCCAUGCUGUACAGACCAUGGAUGUUCACACCUUCACAGAAACAGUAUCGUGUUUUAUGAGAGUCACAUGGGCGGCAGCGGCGGGUAGGCUCCACCUCAUUGGCACCACCCAGGCAAUGAUUGACAGCACGAUGGGUCAUGGUAGACGGAGCAGGCAGAGUAGUUCAGGGAGUACUGCCAGUGAGAGUGAGAGUGACGGUCAGAGUCUACAUGCCGGGGUGUGUGCCAAGGCCCAGGACAUCCCCACCAAGGACUGUAAUAUAGCACGGGAGGCUCUAGAGAUCCUCGUAACCUGUCUACAAAUCAGAUGUGAACUCAUUUCCUCCUUUUAUUCCCUGCCCUGCACCAGUGACUUUAUCAUUGAUAUUUUGGUGGGUUGUUCUAAUGCUGAUAUACGGAAUGCUGCUCUGGAGCAGUUCUUUCUGCUGAGUCAGACGGAGUGUACACUGCAGCGUACACCUCACCACUUUAUGCUGCAGCUGCUGCUGAAAGCCCACGUCCCAUUCUGGGUGUCCUCUGCCUCAGCCCGGGGUGUGAGUCAAAGGUUGCUGGGUCAGUGCAGUCAGUACUUUGAUCUUCUGUGUAAACUUCUUGAAGGACUUUCAAAAGAAGAACAGACCAAGCUACAGCUGGACCCCCCAAACAUGCUGGAGGAUGAGGUAGCGUGGCUCGGGAAUUAUGUCCCCUCCCUCCAUCCUGAUAUGGCGGACACGGACAACAGUCUGCUAGCUGGCCACCUGAAGCUCAUCACCACGCUGCUUACUUGCGAAGGGGUGGAUCCAGAGGAGCAUGGGAGAGUGCUAGUGUAUGAUAUCUUGCAUGACUUCCUCUUCCCGGCUUCCAAAGUGAUGAUGGACAGUAUGAACACAAGUAGUGAAGAAAAACUUCAGGAAGUCAGCCCUAAGUGCAGCAAUUGUGAAUCUCGUGUGGCAGCUUACAGACUGUUGAAUGAGUUAGCUAAGGGAAGCUACUCUAUCUUAAGUGACAUCUGUAAACAGCUGAUUGAAAUGCACCAUCUUCCUCAACCAGACUGUGCUAAUGAGUGGGAGUACCUCCCUCCGGUGGAUGGACGGGCCCGUUGUGGCUUCGUGGGGUUGAAGAAUGGUGGUGCCACCUGUUAUAUGAACUCUGUCAUUCAGCAGUUGUACAUGGUGCCAGGAAUUCCUGAAGUGGUGCUGGGGGUGGAAGAGGAUAAACCAGACGAGGAAAGUGUGUUUUUCCAAAUUCAGCAAGUGCUAGGACAUUUACUGGAGAGUAAGUUACAGUAUCAUGAACCAGAGAGAUUCUGGAAGGUGUUCAAACUCUGGGGUCAAACUGUGAACAUCCGAGAGCAACAGGAUGCUUUUGACUUUUUCCAGGCUCUGAUUGAUCAAAUAGACGAACAUCUUAAGAAAAUUGGAAAGCCAGAAAUCUUCAAAAGAAAAUUUCAGGGAAUUUUCUCAGAUCAGAAAAUAUGCAAAGAUUGCCCCCACAGGUAUGAAAGAGAGGAAGCUUUCCUGGCCCUGAAUCUGACCGUGAAGAAUGCUACAUUACAGGACUCACUAGAUCAGUUUGUCAAGGGGGAGCUACUGGAGGGGGAUAAUGCUUACUUCUGUGAUAAAUGUGGAGAGAAGAGAAACACCAUGAAGAGGAUGUGUAUAAAGACACUGCCACCAUUACUGUGUAUCCAGCUGAAGAGAUUUGGUUAUGACUGGGAGGCCAACAGAGCUCUCAAGUUUGAUGACUACUUCAAGUUUCCAUGGAUACUGGACAUGGAGCCGUACACAACUGAUGGUAUGGCCCGUCGGGAGGAAGUGCUGGAGACCGUGGACAGUAGCUCGGAGUCUGAGAACGGUGAGUCUUCAGUGACAGAGGAGAGGUCCCUGGAGAUUGUGACCGCGGGGAGCAAUGUAGAACACAGACAGAUAAACUACGAGCUGGUGGGGGUGGUGGUACACAGUGGGCAGGCCAAUGCUGGACAUUACUAUUCCUUCAUCAAGGAACGCAGGGGUGACAUGAUGUCCAAUCCAGAAAAAGGGAAAUGGUUCAAAUUCAAUGACACAGUGGUAGAAGAAUUUGAGAUGACUGAAGAAAGUAUAGAGUCAGAGUGUUUUGGUGGAUCUUACAAGGCCAAAAUUAUUGAACCAACCACUUCGUCCUUACCAGAUGAGCGAGUUCGGUACUGGAAUGGCUACAUGUUGUUUUAUGAAAAGAUGGAGGAACCAGCCAAGACUCCAGUCUCAGCUAAAAAGUCGAAACUUCAGACCAGGAAAGCCAUACUGGAAGGAGGGAAGGAUGUUUUAGACAAGGACAGUUUUAUGGAGCUGACGGAGUUGGUACACAAGGGGGAGAAGAAGGGGAUCUUUAUGGAGGAGAUGCCGGCCAGCAUCCACCAGAUCAUCCAGGCAGAGAACCUCACCUUCGUCAAGAACCGAGACGUCUACAACAUGGACUACUUCAGAUUUAUCAGGGAACUCGUCAUAGUCAAUGCGCAUAAAGAGAGCCACAAGGAUUUCCAGCAGAUGUCUGUGAUGGCUCUACAGCUAGGGGUUCGCUUCCUGUUCAACACGUUCUUUAGAUGUAAAAAGAAAACCAAACUUCUGUUGGAUGAAUGGGUGGAUGCAAUAGAUGAUAUUUUAGACAAGAGUAAAGAAGCUUGUAGAUGGUUGGUAGAGUAUCUCAGUAGUGCAGAGGGAUCAUCCUACAUCAAGCCGUUCCUCCUGGAGUGCCCCUGUAGAGAUGUCAGGUUCACCAUGGCCCGGAUACUGGAGAGAGUCAUGUCCUCCCACUUCAAACAUGGAGGGGUACCUACACAGAAGUGUUUUAAUGAGAUUGUGGAGAUUCUCUUACAAAUGUUGAACAAAGACGUGGUGGACCACUGUAAACACUCAUUUCAUUACUUCCAAGUCAUUAAAUCUUACGUCCAAUUAGGAACAAAGUCAUGCAGUCAUAUGUUUUUACGUCAAGGCUUCCAGCGAUUGAUGGGAUUUUUAAUUGGAAAUUCAGGGGAGGUCAAUCAGGGACAAGACACGCCCACCAGGAGGUGGAGUUCUAUUCAGUCACGAGAGUUUGGGAAUCUUCACUCCUCACUAGCAAUACUCAUCUUAAAUUGUGAUGUAUCCAAGUACAGAACAGAAGAACCUGGUGAAUAUGAAAUACGCAAACCAAAAACAGUUUUCCCAACAAAGUUUCUAUUAAUGCCACAAGACAUGGAGAACUAUGUGUAUGGACCAGAAUCUUCUCGUUACAUCCGUGAGGUUAUUCAUGCUGUAAGAGAGGUAGGGACCAGUUUAGUCAUCUGUGACAUGUUAGUGUACUGCAGCUUCUGUAACUACAAGUUUAGUGAGACUGUCCUCAAACAUCUAAUGCAUCAGUAUAUGACAGCUCCUUCUAAUGAACUCAAGCCUGUUUUCUCAUUACUCACUGAACUAUUGAUGCUUGAAGAUCCAGUACAAGUCCAGCGAAUCAAGAUGGUCAUUGAUGGAGUAAGCGACAGCUCUGGCACAUCGUAUGAUGGACUUCUAGCCACAGUGAGAUUGAAUCAUGCUACAGACAGUAGGCGGUCCUACACCUGUAUCAAAUCUUUGGUUGGUCUUGCCAGUAAGAGUGCACCAGUCAAAGACUACCUCAUGCAGAUUCCAUCCAAGUGGCAGUGGGCUGUCAACUGGCUCAAGAAAAAGAUGUCUGAGUACUGGGCACCAUCCUCUACUUCAGCCAUUUCUAAUGAAGACUCCAAUAGAAAAUCUUUCCAGAGAACUUACAGUGCACAGUCUACUCUAGAGGAAGCUAAAGCUUUACUAACAGAACUUGAGUCUCAGGAGGGAAGCCCCGAGAUGGAGACCAACGAUGACGACGGUGACAACACUUCACAACCCAGAGACGAAGUGGAUGAUUCCACCAGGAGGAAGACGUGAUCAACUGUAAAAGCCUAGAGAGUUACCAUUCAAUCAUAGCCCUGUGUCCAUUCAAGUUAGCCCUGAAAAUCAGACGUUCCUAAAACAUCCUUCUACAUGAAACAUUCAACUAUGAUGAUGUUGAAUCUACACUGACACCAUAAAUACCAAGUUAGAUAAAAUGUAGAUGCCGUAAAAUAUCUGCAUUUGUGUCCUACAAAUUUGUUCCAAGUAUCUAUAGACUGUUUGGCUGCCAUGAACAAAUCUUUGUCAGCGUAAGUUGUAUAAUCUGAUCCAAAUUUUUAAGGUUAACAAAACAACAUACAUGUAUUACUUGAGCACAAUUUUCUCUUUAAGUGUCUUAAUAUAAAAAUAUCCCAAUUUUUUUUACGUGACAAUAAUCAAUGCAAAUAUAUACUGAGUAUUCAGCUUUGUCAAGACAAUGACCCUAAACAAAAAUGCAUUGAGAUGAAAGCCUAAACAAAAAUGUAAUUAUUUGCUUAUACAUGUACAUGCAAGUUUUUUUGUUCUAAUUGUGACUAAGAAGGUUGACAAUAUUUAAAUUCAUGUUAAACAUCUUGUAGAAAGCGGUGUACAAUUGAUUUAAUUCUAAAUAAGACUAAUAUAUCUCAAUAUGAAGAACUAUACCAGAAUUUGGAGUUAAGAUCUUGCAUGGCAUUGAAAUACUGUAUAAUCAUUCUUGAGUGGGAUCAAAGAUGAUUGUUUCCAUUUAUUAUAUCAGGCUCAUUACAAUCAUACUUUUUUUAAAAAAAGUUAUGACAUUGGUUCAAAGUCAGAACUCAGGGUGUUUGUUGUAUAUAUAUGCCUUAUAUAUGUCUUAUACAGGUACUUGUUUUGUUUAAAAUUGGAAUGAAAGAAUUGUAAACCAUACAUAGUCAGAUUGUGUAUCAUCCCAGUUGUUUUUACUAUGCAAAAACUGAAUGCUAUGUUCCUUUCCUUGCACAAGACCUUGGAAAAAAUAUAUUUGUUUCAAUGUUACUUAGACGGUUUCAUGAAAAAAUUCCAGGAAAAGAUAUUACCUUCCGUGAUAUUUGUGGACUUGAAAGAGGGAACAAACUUUUUUCCAGGCCCCCCCCCCCCCCCCCCCAAAAAAACAUAGUAAAAAUGAAUUGCAGAAAGGUUUGAUACUGAUUAAAUUAGUUUUAAUGAUGAAUUAAUAUGUAUAUUAUUAUACAUAUAAAAAAAAUUAAAUUUGAUUUAAAUGUAAGUACCAUGUUGAAUGGAUUUAAAUCGUACAGUUCUCAUUUUCAACAGAUUCGGGGUUGUGCACUGUGUGUACUGUUGUACCUACUUUUACAUUCAUUACACUAGCUUACUUUUUUUAUCUAUAUAUAUAUACAGGUAGAAAUUUAGAGAAGAUUUAACUUUAAAUGAGAUCACUUGUAAGGCGUUUGAAAAAAUAUGAAAGACUGGUUUUAUGUAAUCUGUGAAUUUAAAGCAGUGAAGCAAUUUAUACCUUUUUAAUGUAUUCAGGUGCAAUUUGAAAUUCAUCAUUUUUUAAAUGAUUUGAAUUUCUGAUUAUACGAGUACAUGUACUUCAAUUUCACUUUUUAUACAACUUAGUUAAUAUUUGAAGGUAUAGGUUCGAUGUUAAGUAUUUUGUUAAUCUUUACAGUUUUCUUUUUCUCUCGGAGGUGCCAUAGCAAGUUUUACAUACAUUAUACAUAUAUAUUUAAUUGUUGGAAAAACAAUUUUCCCCAAGAACUUUGUUUAAAAUUCAAUAUAUAUAUACUUUUGAGUUUAUGUGGAUCAGAUUUACACUUGCUAUGUGUACUUGUUUACAUGUUAAAUAUGACAACUUCAAUCCUUAUUGCACAGCUUAUAUCCCUAUCUUGUAGUUAUACGUAAAAGUGCUGUUAAUUAAUCCCUAUUAAUUACAUGUAAAUAAAUUGUUGUACAUGUGAAACUUAGAUGUACAUAUUCUUUUGUAUAUAAAAUUGUACAGAUAAAUAAAUUGUAUAAAUACAUGAUGCA